AUGUACAUCACUGGGGCCAAGCUCCCUGCCAUCCAGUACCCCAAUACCAGGCGGUGUCAGAGGAAGGCCCAGCCAGCCAACUCACAGACUGUUGUCUCUGCUACCACACAGCAGGCAGUACCAAUACACCAAGUCUGGAACCAACAGGACCCUGAACAGCUUCUAUCCCCAAGCCAUAAGACUGCUAAAGACCCUCACCCCAGCCCUCAGCCCCCAGCCCUCACCCCAGCCCUCAGCCUUCACCCCAGCCAUCACCCCUUACCCCAGCCCUCACCCCAGCCCUCACCCCAGCCCUCAGCCUUCACCCCAGCCAUCACCCCUUACCCCAGCCCUUACCCCAGCCCUCACCCCAGCCCUCAGCCUUCACCCCAGCCAUCAUCCCUUACCCCAGCCAUCACCCCUUACCCCAGCCCUCACCCCAGCCAUCACCCCUUACCCCAGCCCUCACCCCAGCCAUCACCCCUUAACACAGCCCUCACCCCAGCCAUCACCCCUUACCCCAGCCCUCACCCCAGCCCUCAGCCUUCACCCCAGCCAUCAUCCCUUACCCCAGCCCUCACCCCAGCCCUCAGCCUUCACCCCAGCCAUCACCACUUACCCCAGCCCUCACCCCAGCCCUCAGCCCCCAGCCCUCACCCCUGCCCUCAGCCUUCACCCCAGCCAUCACCCCUUACCCCAGCCCUCACCCCAGCCCUCACCCCAGCCCUCAGCCUUCACCCCAGCCAUCACCCCUUACCCCAGCCCUUACCCCAGCCCUCACCCCAGCCCUCAGCCUUCACCCCAGCCAUCACCCCUUACCCCAGCCCUCACCCCAGCCAUCACCCCUUACCCCAGCCCUCACCCCAGCCAUCACCCCUUAUCACAGCCCUCACCCCAGCCAUCACCCCUUACCCCAGCCCUCACCCCAGCCAUCACCCCUUACCCCAGCCCUCACCCCAGCCAUCACCCCUUAUCACAGCCCUCACCCCAGCCAUCACCCCUUACCCCAGCCCUCACCCCAGCCCUCAGCCCUCACCCCAGCCAUCAUCCCUUACCCCAGCCCUCACCCCAGCCCUCAGCCCUCACCCCAGCCCUCAGCCUUCACCCCAGCCAUCAUCCCUUACCCCAGCCCUCACCCCAGCCCUCAGCCUUCACCCCAGCCAUCACCACUUACCCCAGCCCUCACCCCAGCCAUCAUCCCUUACCCCAGCCCUCACCCCUGCCCUCAACCCUCAGCCCUCACCCCAGCCAUCAUACCUUAUCUCAGCCAUCACCCCUCACCCCAGCCCUCAGCCUUCACCCCAGCCAUCAUCCCUUACCCCAGCCCUCACCCCAGCCAUCAUCCCUUACCCCAGCCCUCACCCCUGCCCUCAACCCUCAGCCCUCACCCCAGCCAUCAUACCUUAUCUCAGCCAUCACCCCUUACCCCAGCCCUCACCCCAGCCCUCAGCCUUCACCCCACCCCUCACCCAAUCCAUCACACUUACUCCAGCCCACCUCUAUUAA